GAAAUUCUGCAGAGAGCGGGUUCCUCCACAUCUGCUGAACAAUCACCGAGGUCAGAGGGUGUCACAACAGCAGGAACAUGUUGUAACUGUGGUAAAAACAUCAGCUGCACGACAAACAUCUGGCUGACAAGUUCAACAUAAACAGAUCUGGAUCCUCCGGUUCGGCGGACGGACCGGAUCGGACCGUCGUGCACGCCCCUCCCUCUCCCUCUCUCUCUCUCCGUGUCGGGGACGCGCCUCCGGUUCCGUCCUACCGGCAGCGGCGGCGGCUCCGUGUCUGCUGUCUGAUGCACCACGAGCCGGAGAGGAUCCUCCGCGGCUCCGGCACCGAUUAAACGGAUUAAUCCCGGCCAGGCUUCAUCCACCGGAACCGAACUUCACCGGGACGUUUGGACGUGAGCGACGGCUGAAGCAGUUCAACAAUUAACCCAGAAGCUGCAGGAAAGGGACUCCUCCAGGUGUGACCACAGCUGGUGGACUGUGACUGGAUGAGCCCAGCCGUCGGACAGAACCUCCAUCCCUCCAUCAGCCCGAGGAAGGAUCUGAUGACAGCACUGCAGAGAGAGCAGAGAAAAGAGCUCCUGCUAUGGCCAGCGCAGCUGAUGGUGUAGGAAGUCUGGGAGCUGAGCAGAACCACCUGAGCGUCCCGGUAGCCGACCAUGGAGCCUGGGCCACGGCCAUGAACAACCUGGGCAUCAUGCCGGUGGGCAUCAGCGGCCAGCAGCUGGUUUCAGACUCUCUGUGCAUCCAGAGGUUCGAUCCUGGUCUCGGCCUCAUCGCCCCCAUUAACCCCAUGAUGGCAGGAAUUAGUCUGGUUCCUCCUCCGGUUCCCUCUGAGCUGCCCGUCAUCAAGGAGAUCAUCCACUGCAAGAGCUGCACCCUGUUCCCCCAGAACCCCAAUCUGCCUCCUCCGUCCACUCGUGAGCGUCCUCCUGGCUGUAAGACGGUGUUUGUCGGAGGUUUGCCGGAGAACGCCACCGAGGAGAUCAUCAGGGAGGUGUUUGACCAGUGUGGGGAGAUCAUCGCCAUCCGCAAGAGCAAGAAGAACUUCUGCCACAUCCGCUUCAGUGAGGAGUUCAUGGUGGACAAGGCCCUCUACCUGUCAGGCUACCGGAUGAGAAUUGGCUCCAGCACCGAUAAGAAGGACUCGGGGAGGAUCCAUGUGGACUUCGCUCAGGCCAGGGAUGACCUGUACGAGUGGGAAUGUAAACAGCGACUACUGGCCCGGGAGGAACGACACCGACGGAAGAUCCACGAAGACCGACUGAGGCCGCCGUCGCCUCCUCCCAUCGUCCACUACUCCGAACACGAGGCGGCGCUGCUGGCCGACAGACUCAAAGACGACCACAACUUCAACGAGGCCACGGCGGUUCUGUUCACCUGGAUCGACCGCGGCGAAGUCAACCGACGGACGGCCAACCACUUCUACUCCAUGAUCCAGUCGGCCAACAGCCACGUCCGCCGGCUGAUGAGCGAGAAAGCUCAGCACGAGGAGGAGAUGGAGCGAGCCAAGGAGGUGUUCAAGAACGCCCUGAUGGCCAUUUUAACUCAGUUCGAGCAGAUCACCGCCGUUUUCACCGCCGCCACCAGGCAAAAGGCAUGGGACCAUUUCUCAAAAGCACAGCGCAAGAACAUAGACAUUUGGCGCAAGCAGUGUGAGGAGCUGAGGAACGCCCACAGCGAGGAGAUCAUGGGCAUCAGGAGAGAAGAGGAGAUGGAGAUGUCCGACGACGACUCGGACGAAAACCCCUGCAAGAAGAUGAGAACGGAGGAAAACGGAGUGUGCGAUCAGACCCAGGCCUCCCUGAAGGAGGAGAACGACUCGUUGCGCUGGCAGCUGGACGCCUACAGGAACGAGGUGGAGCUGCUGAGGAAGGAGACGAGAGGAUCGAGCCGACCGGACGACGACCACAACCCGACCCACGGCCACAAUCCAGAGGCUCAGAUCCAGCUGCUGCAGCAGAACAUGCACAACAUGCAGCAGCAACUCCUGAGUCUGCAGGAGAAGCUGACGAAUAAGGAAGCCGAGCUGGAGCAGGCAAGAGAUGAGCAUCGAUACCUGGAAGGGGAGGUCCUCACCCUCCGAGACAAGCUGCUGAACAGUAACGGUGAAGCUGUGGAGGGAACCAACGGGGAGCUGCAUGAAAAGGGCAUCAAUGGAUGUGUUCCUUCACUUUAUCACAGCAGAGACAGAAGAAGUGAACUCAUCAUGAGAGGAGGAGUCGCUUCAGAGAAAGAAGCUCUUCUUCUGGGUAUUAUAUCAACCUUCCUCCACGUCCAUCCAUUUGGAGCAAACCUCGAGUAUCUGUGGUCGUACAUACAGAGACUGGACUCAAAGGUGUCUGCAGGGGAGCUGGAGCGUCUCAUGGUCCGACUGCCCAACAUGUUUAGACAGGAGCUGAGUGGCGUCGGCGCCACUCUGGAGAAACGCUGGAAGUUCUGCGGUUUCGACAGCCUCAGCUCAGCGUGACGUAGGGACAGCGCACACACACGCCGGGAAGACACGUGAACACGUGAACACGCCUCUGAGCUUUAUUGGUAUAUGUGUGUGUGCGCGAUCCUCACACCUCCAGCAGCGAUGACGUUAACUCAAGCAGACACUGGAAACUUUGGAGGAUGUUCAGACCUCGGAAGGAAUCCCAAAACCUCGAGAUGUUUGGGUUCAAGUGAAAACCUUUCUGCAUAUGGUUAUCACGAUGACCUGCAACCUUACAGACAGAAAGGUGAAAACACUUCUGAAUCCGCUUCGAACUGGUCCUUGCUUGUCUUGUUGUCGGCAGCCUGGAGCCUGAAACACCCAGCAGCAACCCACUCAGCAGAAACAGAGAGUUAUACCAAAGUUGAACCUUUAGAGAUUUCAUGCCAAACCUCAUCUCAUUAGCCGACAAAUGGAGCCUUCAUUCUCCUACUACAGUCCAGAAACUGUUUGAAUAGGGGAGUUUCUGCUGGGCGUCCUUUGGCAUGAUGGGACCACAGAUAGAUCAUUUCCUUUAAUAAGAUUUGGGUCCAGUUUGGAAAAGAGUUUGUACACCAACUCUGCAUCUGUUACUUAAGGAUGUCCUGAUCUCGAUGCUGGGAUUAGGAUUGGGGCCAAUCAAGGCAAACUUAAGCCCGAUCCUUUGUUUACAUCUGUGUCAUGCUGGUGUUGCAAAUUUGAAUAGUUUUGUCAAAAAAAAUGCAGCAAUAUCAAUCAAUGAUUCAUUUAUCCUAUAAAUUGAUUACACCGAACAUUUAUUCUGUACUGAUUUUGCUGUUUUAAGUCACUGACAAAUGAUACCGACUGCAAAGGUUAAGAUUAUGGCUAAGAAUGCUAUACUUAAUGUAUGUACACUGGUCGGAGGUCAUUUAGCAUCACAGAAGACUUUGCCAUGGUGCCCAUUUACUAGCUAAUCCCACACAAUGUUCUACGCUUGCCAACACAUAGUUUUACAUUGCCAAAACAGUCUGUAGUACAUAAUUGUCCAAGUGCACAACUCUACCAUCAUGCUAUUGGGGAAAAACCAGUCUGACUUGUUUGUCUUUCUUUAAAACAAUCAUAGUCGUUGUAGGCGGGGCUAAGAGAAGAAUGCGGCUUUGGUGUUCCCUCAAAAAUAGUGAUGAGUUUUGGUUGAACGUCUCCAUGUAAUGAGCAGGGCUGCCUUUCUGCACCAUCAAACUCCGUGGCAAAACUUAAAAUUUUUAGCGUGGUAGGUUGCUGCAAGGAUGUUGCUGUUGUUGUUUCCAGCCAGGUAAAACGAGCAGCCAAUAGCGGCCUUAAAACCGCAUCCUACAUCCAGUGACUCAGACUAAUCCCAGCUUGUUUAGCAACUAUACACUGGGCGGGUGUUAUUAAACAUCAUAGAAAACUUUGUCAUGGUGCCCCUUUACCAGCUAAACCCCUUCAAUGUUCUCUGCUUGCCAACUUGCCAAUAACAUUAACUGGUAAGAGGCUCCAUCUGGUGGUACAACCAGGUACUACAGCAAAUCUACAAUACUUGAAGUGUGCAAUGUGUAGGAAAAUGGUACUGAUAGAUACUAAAUUUUAAAUUCCUUGGAUUGAAUCGGGGGUAAAACAAAACUUGAUAAGGACAUUCCUACAGUCAAGCAGAAAAGCAGAUCAUCUCAGUUUCUUUUUUAUCCUGGUUGAUCCUGAUAUGAUUUAACACAAGUGCGCUGACUGGAGCUCACAGAAGACUUUGUCAUGGUGCCCCUUUAUGAUCCAAAACCCCACAAUGAUCUCUGCUUGCCAACACAAAACUGCCUCUCUCUUUUUGUCAGUGCAACUUUAAAUAGUAAGAACAUUAAACAGUAAAAACCUGGUGGUGCUAUCAGGUACUACAGCUAAUCUACAAUACUUGAAGUGUGCAAUAUACAAGAAAAUGGUAUAGACAGAUACUAAAUUUUAAAUGACUUGGAUGGAAUUAUGACCAAAAUGAAAGUUGAUCAGGACAUUCCUACAAUCAAGCAGAAAAACUGAUCAUCUCAGUAUCUCUUUUUAUCCAGUUUGCUCCCAAUUUGAUCUAACACAAAUGCGCUAGCUGGAGCUCUCAGAAAACUUUGUCAUGGUGCUCCUUUUCAAGCUAAACCCCCCCACAAUAUUCUCUCCUUGCCAACACAAAAUUGCCUCCCUCUUUUUGUCACUACAAAUUCAAAUAGUAAGAAGCUCCACCUGGUGGUCCAAUCAGGCACUACAACUAUUUUACAAUACUUGAAAUGUGUAUUAUAAAGUAAAAUGGUAUUGACAGAUACUAAAUUUUAACUUGGAUGAGUUUGGGGCCAAAAUAAAACUGAUCAGGACACCUCAUCUCAGUAUCUUUUUUAUCCUAGUUGAUCCUGAUCAGAUUUAACACAAGUGUGCUAGCUGUAGCUCACUAUGUGUCACAGAAGACGUUGUCAUGGUGCCCCUUUGUGAGCUAAACCGCCAAAGAGUACUCUCCACUUGCCAACACAGAACUGCCUCCAUUGUUUGGUCACUACAACAUUAAAUAGUAAAAAGCUGCACCUGGAGGUGCAAUCAGGUACUACAACUAUUCUGCAAUGCUUGAAGUGUGUACUAUAAAGGAAAAUGAAAUCGAAUUGGAAUAUCACAUGCCUCAGAUCUACAAAAAAGCUUGAUCCCUACUGUCAUCCGACACAAACAAACACAGAAACUGUCAUUGAGUCUUUAUUGCACAGAUACUAGUGUACUGUGCAUGUAUGGAACAGAAUCAUCCAAGUGGACUAGGAAAUAGAAUAGUAGUUUAAAGAAUCAUAGAUCAGUCUUGGUCCCCUACCAAAGACCAUCAACUACGCUGCAUUCCUUGUGGGUUUAAUUUGAAAGUUUAGGAAUCUAAUUACAUAAAUUUACUGCAUACUGAUCAGCCAAACAAUGAAACUAUUGGCAGGUGAGGUGAAUAACAUUGAUCAUCUUAUUAUAGUCCAGUGUUCUUCUGGGAAACCUUUGGUCCUGGCAUUCAUGUGGAUCUUAGUUUGACACUUCACUGCUCCUGGACAAUGAUGGGUGACGGUUUUGGAGUUGGUGUGUAAAUUCAAUCCCCCAAACACGAGACCAUAUUAUAAUUUCUUAUUGCCAGAUGUCAUCGGGUUUAAAAAUACUUAAUAAUAAAGCAGGGAAACCACUCCAAGGUUUUUGAAUAAUCUGAGCAACUAAGUGUGAAAACACUCCAGGCCUGUUUGAGAUCAUGGAAACCGGAGGGAAAAUGAUGGACACAAAGAAAGAAAAGAGUUAUGUUCAACGACAGGAUGAUGCGAGGGAGGGAGAGCAGGGAAUUCAGUCAUUCUGCUUAAUUUAUUUCAUUAUACUGUAUGAAGAAACUGUUCACUGAAGGCAGCAGACCGAAGAGUCUCACUGCCACGAGUUACAUAUUGUAAUUAAAUACGAUGAAAUGAAACAAUGCUCCAGACUGUUUGUACAUCCCAGAGCUGAUAAGAGUUUAGUUCAGCUUCAGGAGGAAGGUGAGCAGUGUGACAGGCAGAUGAGGAGGAGAUACUGCACACUCGUCUUCAUUUCUAGUGUUUCUACAGACCACAGAGCUGUAUAUGUAUUAGAAAUUAAGUGAUUUUGUAUUGCACCUCUAUAAAAGUUAGGGGACUCUUGUUCUUUCGUUAUUUAAAUAUCCCCUCCGGAUGUGUUUUAAGACAUAAAAGUACUCUGCUUUGCUUACUAAAUUGUGUCUGAUAUAUUAUUUCCCACUAAAAACUGAGUUAAAUACCUUCUUUUUCACUCGGAAUGAAAGGUUUUGUUGCUAAUAUACUCUUGCUCCGUUAAAAUUCAAGUGUAUUUGUGCUGCAGGUUUGAGUUUCCAUGUCAAAUUUCUGCAAGUUGCAUACUGACCUACAACUGUUAGUGCUUUGAAGUCAGAUUUAAGGUGCUCAAAGAGAAACGUUCCCCUUAGAAAACUGUGAAAACGGUACUUUUUUCACACAAACAGUGCAAUUAUGGCCCAUUUAUUUAAAGCAUAUUAUCGGUAUUAUUUCAUUUUCCGCUUUGUUUCUUUUGAUUAAUUUAAAAAUAAAACAGAUUCAUGUAACAAAGAGAA